AUGGCGUCAUCCUCCUCCUCCUCCUCCUCCUCCUCCGUCUUCAGCCCCGCCGCCUCCUCCACCAUCGCCGCCCCGCCCGAACGCGUCUUCGCCCUCCUCAUCGACCGCACCACCUGGCCGCGCUGGAACACCUUCAUCCCGCACGCCGAAGUCGUCGUUCCCAAGCCAUCGUCAUCGUCGUCACCCGCUCCCUCCACCACACCAAACGACGACAACGACAACAACGACAACGACGACGGCAAACUCAAGCUCGGCCAGACCCUCCGCUUCACCGUGCAGGCGCGCGUCCUCGGCGCGCUGCGCACCGUGCCGGGCGGCAGCCUGGAGGAGGUCAACAUGCUGUCGACGCCGUCGAGCGACGGCGGCGGUGGCGGAGAGCGGGGCGUGUGGAGGGUCGGGUGGGCGGCCAGCGCGGCGAUGAUGCCGCGCUGGCUGAUGCGCACGCAGCGCGUCAACGAGGUCGUGGCGGCGGAUGGUGGUGUGGGCGGUGGCGGUUGCAUCUACAGGACGUACAUGACGUUUGAGGGGCCGAUGGCGUACGUGGUCAAGUGGUUGACGGGGUGGAUGGUGCGGGAUGGGUUGGUCAUGUGGGCGGAGGGGUUGAAGGAGGAGGCGGAGAAGGGCGGCGGCGGCGGUGCGUGA